UUCCAAUCUUCCAUUCCCAAACCUCAGAUCUUUUUGUUUAUUCUUUUUCGCCUUACCUCUGUUCAUCUUUGACUUGUAGCUUUUUGUGUUUUUUCCAUGGCGGACAAAGCUCAUCUGAAUGGGGCUUACUACGGCCCAUCAAUCCCACCACCGAGCAAGCCCAAACAGUCCUUCUACAGGCACGGUCGCGGCGCCAGUGACUUCUGUUGCUGUGGCUGUAUCUUUAGCCUCAUCUUUAAACUUAUUUUCUCAGUUAUUUUCACUGUGGGUCUCGCCGUCUUCAUCUUCUGGCUCAUCUUCCGUCCUAACCGUAUCAACUUCCACGUCACCGAUGCUAAACUGACCCAGUUCAAUGUCACAGGCAACAAUAACCUCCAGUACAAUCUCGCCCUCAACAUCACCGUCCGUAACCCUAACAAGAAGAUCGGUGUCUACUACGAUCGUAUUGAGGCUAGGGCUUUCUACGAGGGACAGAGGUUCGACUCGGUCAUGAUUGACCGAUUCUACCAGGGACACAAGAACACUUCCGUUCUCAGCCCUGCUUUCAGUGGUCAGCAAUUAAUUGUGCUCAACGCUGAGGAACUUUCUGAGUUGACCAAAGACACAAAUUCUGGGAUUUACUCCAUUGAUGUGAAGCUUUAUCUUCGGAUUAGAUUUAAGCUUGGCGUGAUUAAGACUUGGCGUUUCAAGCCCAGAAUUGAGUGUGAUUUGAAGGUUCCCCUUAGUGCUGAAGGAAAGUCGACCGUUGGAUUCCAGAGAACCAAGUGCGAUCUUGAUCUUUGAUUCAAUAUUGCUACACUUCUUUUGAUGAGUCUUUGAUUCUUUUUCCUCAUGAUCACCUUUGUUAUUACUGUUAUUAUCAUUCUUUCCUUUUUAGAUUAUUGACUUGGUUUUUGAAUUUAGUAUUUCCCUUUUUUGUAUGCUGGUUUUGAUUUUAUUAUUACAUUGUUGAUGUGAAUAAAUAAAACUCUAUUUUGGCUA